UCUUGUUUACUUUGCGCCCCUCUCGACAAGUUGGACCACAUUAAGCACUCAUUGUUUACCAUUGCAGAUAAAUCGAACACUAUUGACGCUGGCUUUUCUGAUUCGACGAAACACUGGGUGAUCGUCUGCCUACAGUAGCGUGAGACAGCCAGUGCUGCCUCCUUAUGUAGGGUAUGGCUCGCUUAAAUGAAUUCUCAGCGCCAACCGAGCAUAUCGAGGCUCUGAAACGGCGAUUUGUGCGACAAAACCGUGAGAUCGCCCGCGUAAACUCCAUACAGUCUCUUCGCAUUCGCAGCCUUGAAUCCGAAGUCUCUCAUCUUUUAUCAGAAAAUGUUUCUCUGAGAGAGCAGGUGAUAGGUCUCAAUCAAGAGAUAGAGAGAUAUGAGGCCGUCCGGUUGCUCCAGGAUGGGGUCUACGACAUCAAGACGAGACUAGAUAGCAAGUUGGCUGAGCUGAAUAACUUGGUGGCUGACCUGGGCGCACUUCCGCGACGACUCUGCAAUAAGUUAACGGAAAAACCUCAAUCUGCAGGUCAUGGUCGUCCAUUUCCUGAUUGGAGGCCCAAGUCUACCGAUGACGAGCUGAACGCCGGACAAAGCGGGGAUGGAAGACUUCCAGUUAUCCUGGAAGACAAAUACUACCCCAGAAGGACUCUAGAGGCUCAAGAGCUGCAGGACAUAGGAGAUCACUCUACUGACAUUUUGCGGUCGGCCUACGUUGAAGAGCCUGUGCGGCCAAACAUGGAGGAUGGAAGUUCCUCUUCGAAUGAGCCUCACAUUAUCAAUAACGACCAGGCAUUAAGCUACGACGCGCACAUACCGGCCAGCGAUGAUACACUUUUGCCCCCCACACUUGAGACUCGAAAAAGGAAAAAAAACAACCCAGCACCAAUGACUGUGGAGUGCUCUAGUACGGAGCCUGGGCCAUCUCCAAUACGAGACGACUCGGAAGCUAGAAUGAAUCAUGGGACCAAGCGCAAGUUUUCCCUAAAUUAUGGCGAUAGGCUAGACCCGACACCGGCUCGGAUCGACGGUUUACAACCAAAUCCACAGUCUCCCUCAUCAGUAAGCAGGACCGACCAAUCACUAUCGCCUGAUACCGAUGGUACUCCAUCAAGAGAAAGGGUCCGGCCGUCAAGGGAAGGGACUACAGACUACAGACUAGCGAAAAGGAAAGCGCUGGAGCAUAAAAGCACUAAUAUUAGCAUACUUUCUCCGACGAGAGCACACUCUACAGGGGCACAAGAGCUAAAUGAUAAGAUCACUACUUCACUGUUAACGCACGCAAAAGGUGAUAAGGGCAGGUUGUCCCCGAUAUCACUUGAUACGAGCAUAAACAGUGCGCAGACGAGGCGGAAGUCUAUGUCUGGACAGUAUCAACCCGCCGAGCUGACAGACGAGGAGGAACAGAGCGGGAAUUCCAUUGAAGAAUCAACGGUGUCAGAACUUAAGCCUGAUACCCAAUCAACACUUGAACCAGAAGCCAGAAACGAAUCGAGAAUAAUGACUUGUGUGCCCCCUGACUCAAUGAGACCUGCGAGGCGCCAAAGAGCCGUUGUAAGCUACGCGGAACCAAAUUUACGAGACAAAAUGCGACGUCCCACGAACGAGUUGAUCGCAGCUGUCGGUGACCGACCAAGACGUAUAUCUGUUCCUCUUAAUGCACAAUCGGAUGAUGCAAGCGGCGAUGAAUAUUUGCACAAGAAUGGGAAGAGAAAUGCUCGAAAACCACGAAACUCAGAUCCUAGCAAAGAACCUAAUUUACUGGGGACAAAGAUGCCGGCCUGUCUUUCUACACGGCAGAUGAAUAUCUCUCAGAGAAAACGCAAGACUUCUCCGACAAGCAAAUUUGAUAACGCGGCAUCCCAAGGGAUUGCCGAAGAGACGACCGGGGCGCCCCCCCGUCAGUGGGUGGCUGAGGAAUCCAAAGACAGGGAAUUAUGUGGUGCAGAUGAUAAUAUCGAAACGCAGCCGCCCCGGAAGAUGGGACAGAGUGUGAGGAAUCUCCCAAUUAAUGCGUGCAAAGCAAGGCAAACCACAGGCCGGCAGCCUAGACGGCAUUCCUCGCACUCCGAGUCUUCCGGGCAAGACCAACGUCAAACAGCAGAUAAAGACAGAAUGAGCAUAGGAAGCCAAAGGGCCUCUCCACCAGAGGCUUGUGCGAAGAACUUGGCUCCCACAAAGCCCCUUGAGGACCUUGCGAUCCUGAACCCUCAGGCACAGCGACCGACUAGCACCCAAAUUUCGUCUACUACGAUGCCGACAAAUGCAGGGCUAUCAAGGCGCGGGCAGCGUGCUGCAGCUGCAGCUGCUAGAAGGAAAAGCAUGAUGUUGUAAAAUAUGUUUCAUAGUUGAAAACAAGCAACGCCUACAUUGGCC